GAGAGAAACCCUCGAGCGACGCCUCUCUCCCCUGACAGAACCCUACCCGCCCUUUCUCUCGUUCACCCAAACCCUAGCGAGAUGGACAAUGGCGGUGCCGGAGAUGGAUCCACGCCGGAGGGGGCGACCAGGGCGCGAUGUCGGAUGGAUCCGGCCAGGCCGCGACGCCAGAGGGGCCGGCCAGGGCGCGAUGCCGGAGGGGUCCGACCAUUGCGCGACGAUGGAGGGGGCCGGCCAGGGCACGAUGCCGGAGGGGUCAGGCCAGUGCGCGACGUCAGCGGGUGGGGUGGCUUGGUGAGCGGCUCGGCGGCAGCUUCAGGAUAGGGCUCGGCAGCAGCUUCAACUACAUGGGCAUGUCCAGAGGGGUUGAAAUGGAGACAACAAAGCCAGCGGCAACUGCAUAUCUUAGGAAGUGGCAUUGGAAGUUGGAGCUUGCUAAAAGCGAUGGAAGUUGUGCUAUGGUGCCAUUUGACAGCCUUGAAAUGGGCACUAGAAGCAAAAAGACUAACCCAACCAGCCCUGCAAUGAGCACAAGAAGCAAAAGAAGGCUUAGCUUGUGAACAAAAUUUCAUUUUUUUUGGUUAAAGUCACUUCUGUUGCUGCUAAUGUCAUAUUGUGUGGACUCAUGUAUGCGAAGCUUUGGUCACUUGGACUAUCUACGCGAACCUGGAUAUGAUGACAAUCUUUUUGUGUUGCUCAUAUGAUAUGAACUUGGAUGUUGGACCCAUAUAUGUGAACCU